CAACUCAGACUCGCGCCUGCGAUCCUCCUUUCUUCCCAGCAGGCCUCGAAACGGUCAGCGUGGCCCCGCCAGACCCCGGAGGGCGCUUUCCAGGCGGGUCAUCUCUCCGCAGUGAGCCAGGAGCGCUGGGGAGAAGUCCUUGCGCAUGCCAGGUGCACAGACAACGCUCUCUACAGCCCCAGUGCCGGUGCGCCGCGGCGGGCCGGGCACUGCCUGAGAGGCUGCGCCCCCACCGCCCUCCCCGCCCUCCCCGCCUUCCCCGCCUUCGUCUCAGGUGCGGUCUGCACUCAGCAGCGCGUGGACCCGGCCGCACAGAAGCUGUCCGACCCGCAGCCCUGCGCUGCUGCGGCCAGUCUCGCCCGGCUAACUUUGAAGGGGGAAAACUGAGUAGCCGGGCUGGAGGGAGGGGGCUCGGGGCCGUGCGGCGCUCCCUCCGCCCCCCGGAGCCCCCGGGCCCCCCGCGAGCCUCCGCCGAGUCUGCUGCAACCUCAGCAUUGGAGCCGGCGCGGGUGUCCCCCCCGCGCCGCCGGGCCGCCCUGGGCGGGACUCCUGAGGCCUCCGGGGCCCAGGGGCACACGCAACAGGCGGCCCGAGUCAGCGGGAAGCUGGAGCGCCGGCGGCGUCGACCUCGGAGGGGUGUGGAGAGGCGAGGCCAGGCAGAGCCCCGCGCAGCUAUGGAGUCGCUCCUGCUGCCGGUGCUGCUGCUGUUGGCGGUACUGUGGACGCAGGCGGCUGCCCUCAUUAACCUCAAGUACUCGGUAGAAGAGGAGCAGCGCGCCGGGACGGUGAUCGCCAAUGUGGCCAAAGACGCGCGCGAGGCAGGCUUCGCGCUGGACCCACGGCAGGCCUCUGCCUUCCGUGUGGUGUCCAACUCAGCUCCACACCUGGUAGACAUCAACCCCAGCUCAGGCCUGCUGGUCACCAAGCAGAAGAUCGACCGCGACCUGCUGUGCCGCCAGAGUCCUAAGUGCAUCAUCUCGCUCGAGGUCAUGUCCAGCUCAAUGGAGAUCUGCGUGAUUAAGGUAGAGAUCAAGGACCUGAACGACAACGCGCCCAGCUUCCCGGCGGCACAGAUCGAGCUCGAGAUCUCAGAGGCUGCCAGCCCCGGCACUCGCAUCCCGCUGGACAGCGCCUAUGACCCCGACUCCGGCAGCUUCGGUGUGCAGACAUACGAGCUCACGCCUAACGAGCUCUUUGGCCUGGAGAUCAAGACGCGCGGCGACGGCUCACGGUUUGCUGAACUCGUGGUGGAGAAGAGCCUGGACCGCGAGACGCAGUCGCACUACAGCUUUCGCAUCACCGCACUCGACGGCGGUGAUCCGCCGCACCUGGGCACUGUUGGCCUCAGUAUCAAGGUGACCGAUUCCAACGACAACAACCCGGUGUUUGGCGAGUCCACCUAUGCGGUGAGCGUGCCAGAGAACUCACCUCCUAACACUCCUGUUAUCCGUCUCAAUGCCAGCGACCCAGAUGAGGGCACCAAUGGCCAGGUGGUCUACUCCUUCUAUGGUUAUGUCAAUGACCGCACACGUGAGCUCUUCCAGAUCGACCCUCACAGCGGCCUGGUCACGGUCACCGGUGCCCUAGACUACGAAGAGGGCCACGUGUAUGAACUGGAUGUGCAGGCCAAGGACCUGGGGCCCAACUCCAUCCCGGCACACUGCAAGGUCACCGUCAGCGUUCUGGACACCAAUGACAACCCACCAGUCAUCAACCUACUGUCGGUCAAUAGCGAGCUCGUGGAGGUGAGCGAGAGCGCCCCCCCGGGCUACGUGAUUGCACUGGUGCGGGUGUCUGAUCGCGACUCUGGCCUCAAUGGGCGCGUGCAGUGCCGUUUGCUCGGUAACGUGCCCUUUCGGCUGCAGGAGUAUGAGAGCUUCUCCACUAUCCUGGUUGACGGACGGCUGGACCGCGAGCAGCACGACCAGUACAACCUCACGAUCCAGGCGCGCGAUGGUGGUGUGCCCAUGCUGCAAAGUGCCAAGUCCUUUACCGUGCGUAUCACAGACGAGAACGACAACCACCCGCACUUCUCCAAGCCUUACUACCAGGUCAUUGUGCAGGAGAACAACACGCCCGGCGCCUAUCUGCUCUCUGUAUCAGCUCGAGACCCCGACCUGGGUCUCAAUGGCAGCGUCUCCUACCAGAUUGUGCCGUCGCAGGUGCGGGACAUGCCUGUCUUCACCUAUGUCUCCAUUAACCCCAACUCAGGCGACAUUUACGCGCUGCGAUCCUUCAACCAUGAACAGACCAAGGCAUUCGAAUUCAAGGUCCUGGCCAAGGACGGUGGCCUGCCCUCGCUGCAGAGCAACGCCACAGUGCGAGUCAUUAUCCUCGAUGUCAAUGACAAUACCCCGGUCAUCACGGCCCCACCCCUGAUCAACGGCACCGCGGAGGUCUACAUCCCCCGUAACUCCGGCAUAGGCUACCUGGUGACCGUUGUCAAAGCAGACGACUACGACGAGGGCGAGAACGGCCGGGUCACCUACGAUAUGACCGAGGGCGACCGUGGCUUCUUUGAAAUAGACCAGGUUAAUGGCGAAGUCAGAACCACUCGCACCUUCAGCGAGAGCUCCAAGGCUUCCUAUGAGCUCAUCGUGGUGGCCCACGACCAUGGCAAGACAUCUCUCUCUGCCUCUGCGCUCGUCCUAAUCUACCUGUCCCCUGCUCUCGAUGCCCAAGAGUCAAUGGGCUCCGUGAACUUGUCCCUGAUUUUCAUUAUUGCCCUGGGCUCCAUUGCCGGCAUCCUUUUUGUCACUAUGAUCUUCGUGGCAAUCAAGUGCAAGCGAGACAACAAAGAGAUCCGUACCUACAACUGCAGUAAUUGUUUAACCAUCACUUGUCUCCUCGGCUGUUUUAUAAAAGGACAAAACAGCAAGUGUCUGCAUUGCAUCUCGGUUUCUCCCAUUAGCGAGGAGCAAGACAAAAAGGCAGAGGAGAAAGUGAGCCUAAGGGGAAAGAGAAUCGCUGAGUACUCCUAUGGGCAUCAAAAGAAAUCAAGCAAGAAGAAAAAAAUCAGUAAGAAUGACAUUCGCCUGGUACCCCGGGAUGUGGAGGAAACAGACAAGAUGAACGUUGUCAGUUGCUCCUCCCUGACUUCGUCCCUCAACUAUUUCGACUACCACCAGCAGACGCUGCCCCUGGGCUGCCGCCGCUCUGAGAGCACUUUCCUGAAUGUGGAGAACCAGAAUACACGUAAUACCAGUGCCAACCACAUCUAUCAUCACUCUUUCAACAGCCAGGGCCCCCAGCAGCCAGACCUGAUCAUCAACGGGGUGCCUCUGCCAGAGACUGAAAACUAUUCUUUUGACUCCAACUACGUGAACAGCCGAGCACAUUUAAUCAAAAGCUCCACCUUCAAGGACUUGGAGGGCAACAGCCUAAAGGAUAGCGGACAUGAAGAGAGUGACCAGACUGACAGUGAGCAUGAUGUCCAGCGGAGCCUGUAUUGCGAUACUGCUGUCAAUGAUGUGCUGAACACCAGUGUGACCUCCAUGGGAUCUCAGAUGCCUGACCAUGCAGAUCAGAAUGAAGGAUUUCAUUGCAGGGAAGAAUGUCGGAUUCUUGGCCACUCUGACAGGUGCUGGAUGCCCCGGAACCCCAUGCCGACCCGCUCCAAGUCCCCUGAGCACGUGAGGAACAUCAUCGCGCUGUCCAUAGAAGCUACCGCUGCUGAUGUUGAGGCUUAUGACGACUGCGGCCCCACCAAACGGACUUUCGCAACCUUUGGAAAAGAUGUCAGCGACCACCCGGCUGAGGAGAGGCCUACCCUGAAGGGCAGGAGGACUGUUGAUGUGACCAUCUGCAGCCCUAAGGUCAACGGCGCUAUCCGGGAGGCAGGCAAUGGCUGUGAGGCUAUUAGCCCUGUCACCUCCCCGCUGCACCUCAAGAGCCCUCUGCCCACGAAGCCUUCCGUGUCUUACACCAUUGCCCUGGCGCCCCCGGCCCGCGAUCUGGAGCAGUAUGUCAGCAAUGUCAACAAUGGCCCUUCUCGUCCCUCUGAGGCUGAGCCCCGUGGAGCUGACAGCGAGAAAGUCAUGCAUGAGGUCAACCCCAUUCUGAAGGAGGGUCGCGACAAAGAGUCUCCUGGCGUGAAGCGUCUGAAGGAUAUCAUUCUCUAAACCAGUCUCUGGGAAGAUGAGAGGAAUCCUGCUGGCUAGCGAAGAAGCAGGAGCAGAUCAUUUUAAUUGCUCACCAAUGGUUGGUUCUUGAGUGGCUGUAUUUCAGAGCUUUCCCUUAAUGUAUUGUUUAUAAAUGACUAUCAUUCUGUGACAAUCCCUCUCGUUACAACAGGCAGCAGGGGUGUUCAGUUAGAGCAAAUUAGCUUUGGCUUGAGUUCUUCAUGGGGCCUUGAUGUUGGGGAAACAGAGACAAAUUCAGUUGUGAAAAGUAUUAUGUAUUAAGUGUUUGAAUUUAUAUAUUUUUCUAUGUCAAAAUUAUAAUAUAAAUUACCAUUGUUUGUGAAGGAUUACAUUUAAAAAAAAGCAAAAAAAUCCCAAAAAACAUAAAACAAACAAAAAAAGAAAACCCAAACAGCUCUGGACACCUUUAAUAAGCUCGCCACUGUUUUCUAGUGUAGACAAGUUAAUGGUCAUUUAUUGUGUACUGUUCAUUGAUUCAGUGAUGUGAAAUCGAGCCCCCAAAAGGUUGUUUCUGAAGCUCGAGUACUUUCCACUGCCACUACUUUGCUGUGGACACCCCUGCUUUAAGAACCCUUUUGCUACUGUGCUAUUGUUGUAUGUGAUAUUGCAAAUUGCUAUGUGUGUGGUGAUGGCAAAAGGCUUCUAGGGGUUGUUUUUUUUCUUAAUAAAAUAAUAAAACUAUAAACAAAAACAAAGUGCAAACAACUGAGACAUCAAGUGAAUGAGGAACACCACACAUAUAGAUUAAGUACCGGGAGGAUACUCACUCAUGGAGGUAUUAUCCAUGUAGUGAUUGCUCACCACCUUGCAGAGUAUUUUUCCUGCCUUUCAGUCUUCUGCCCAGAUCCAUCAUAGAGAAUCGCAGAAAGUCAUUUUUGGAUAUUCUGCUAUCUAAUUUGCAGUUGUCAGAAAUCCUGUGCUGAAAGUUUUGUGAGAUCAAUUUUUCUAAUUUUCAGGCCCCGAACAGGAAAGUUGCUCCUGAAGUUAUCAGUUCUCAGGCUUAGAAAUUCCCCCUCUCCAAUCAUCAAAACCUCAAAAAGACUGAAUCUAUUUUGAGAUCUAAAUUAUCAUCUUUUCAGACAUACACUUCCUGAUUCCAUGUUUCCCAAUCACGAUUAGAAUUAGACUGCAAAGCACGUCAUGGGCUGGAAUGGAGAACUCCAUGUUGCUCUGUAUUGUAGGAUUAUAAAUAGAGAUAGAGUACGCAGUACCAAGUGUACAUUUAGGAAAAGACAGGUAACCCGUAACAGCAUCACUAAUCCAAUUACCGUGCCUUCUAAACGGUGACACUUGGACACUUGAACUCAUCUUCUUGUGACUAAUACUUUUUUAAAUUUAAAAAUGUGAACAGGAAACUAUAAAAAUAAAAAUCCUUUAGAUUUAGCUCACUCUUUGCUGUAGGCUAGGAAUACAUCUUUAUUAAUAAAUUUGUUACACACUUUAUUUUUUUGUUUAAUAUUCCUCCAACCCUCCACCCCCAUUUAUUAGCUGUUAAUAUGCACUAGCCAACAUAGUAUUCUUGCAGCCUAAGAGUUCAUUAUUUAAAAAUAAACAAAUACGUCACCUUUGCUCUGUCUUGGUCUUAAAAGAGUUGUUUCUAGAGAAACAAGUUUUGGGGUUCUGUUCUCAUUUGUUUCACUUUUUGAAAUUCAAGAGUAUCCAGAAAAAAGGCUUUGAGGCUGGACAUUAGAAUGCAAAAGAGGAUUUAUUUUCUUAAGUUUAGGUAGAUAUGUCAGCUCUUUUAAAUGUUUUAGUUAUUUUUGCUUGAGUUCUGGCUUUAUAUAUUACUAGGAAUAUUUUCUUUUAUGGUCAGGGGGAGAGUUUGGAGGGAGGGGGAAGGCAGUGGGGAUGGGGUUAGGUAGGGGAGAAUAUUUCUGAAAAAAAAAUAUAAUGAUGCUACAAAUUCAUCUUUAUUUCUUAUUCAGUGCUGAAUACUACCUCAUGCAUAAAAGUGGUGUGGCUGCAUAUUUCCCUCUGAAACUGAUAAAAUUAGAGAUCAAUUACCAUAACAUCUUCAUUUUGUCUCAUUUCAUUCUCUCUCCUACACUCCUUUUUCCCCUUUGAUUCAUUUCAUUUUAGUAGUAGAUUUUGAACUUGAAGUUUAUUUCUGUUUGCAAGUGACUAUUUGAUUAACAGAUUACAAAUUAAUUUUUUCCCUUUAAGUUAUGAUGGCUGCAUGUAGAAUUUACCGAUCCUUACCUGAUCCAUCCUGAUAUUACGUUGUUAGCCAGCACCUCAAGGUCACUUUCAAGUCAGAUUUGAUAGUUUUUGUACAGGUGUAUUUCGUACUAUACUCAUUGGGAAUGAGGGAGCUAAAAAGACUGGCAAGUGGGAAUACUGAAUGUUAUAUGACUGCCUAGACAGAGGGGCCAUUAGCUGCCACCCCUCUUACCAGCCAAGUUUAAAAUGAUUAGAGUAGCAGUGGCAUUGAUUUUGGUUUUCUCUUUCUUUUUUGUCUCCAAUUUUUUUCUGAAUUCAGUUUCAAGCUAUAAACCAAUCCUUUUUCCCUAUCAAAAUACUUUGUUCUCAGUGGGCAGUCAGAUUUUUUGGCUUCCAAACCCUUCAUUGAGCAUGUUCAGAGAAUUCCCCUUAUAAGAAUAUAUGUUUUCUCUACAAUUAUUUGAUGUAUACAUCCUCCCAGAAGCAUGAGUGCAUCCUAGGAGGGCUUUAUAAGCUGGUCUUAUAGGAAGGAAUUUUGUGCAAGGAUCCUAAAUAACCCUUUGGCUCAUGCCCCCUCCACCCCUUCUUUUCAGUGUGCCCUAUGAUAAGCCACAAAGGCCAUAGGGCCAAAUAUUCUUCCUUUUUCUUCUCUAAACAUGUUACACACUUAACUGUGAGGGAACAAUUUCAGUUCCUAAGUGCUAGAGAGUUCUAUUGCAUUUUUUCUGAUGUCCCUUUUGGGGAGGACUUGGUGUAAAGGCAUGACUUGCUUUACCAACAACUGCUUUGGGUGUGUCCCUAGGCAGGUAAAAUUCUUCAUGCAAUAUGAAGAGUUUUGUUUGCAUUGAUUGAAUGCUUUUUCUGAAAUAUGGAACUAUACUAUAUCCAAGGAAUAGGAAGAAGGGAGCCAUGCUCUGUGGAAUCUCUUUUUCUUUUCUCUAUAGUGCUAAUCUUUGAUCCUGUUCAGAAUGAAACUUACUAUCACUUCGAUCCUCUUAAAGCCAGUAGAUUAUGGCCCACCUUAUUGCCCAAAUAGGGACUGGGCCAAGGGAUCCUGCACAUCCUGAAGGGCAGUGGCUCUUAAAGUAUAGUCCCUGGACCCAACAGCAACAUCAGUUGGGCAUGUGUUAGAAGUGAUCUGACUGAGACCAGCUGAAGGAGAAAUUCUGGAAGUGGGGCCUAGCAGUCCAUAUGGAUCAGAUGCCCACUAGAGGUUGUGGGCUUGUUAAGCACAGGGUGAUGGGCCCGAUACUUAGAGUUUCUGAUUCUAAAAGUUUGGGGUGCGGCCUGAGUCUUUGUCUAUUGAAAAAUUCCCAGGUAAUGCUGAUACAGCUGGUCCAGGGACUGCACUUGAGUAUCACUGUCUGGGAGUGAAUCUGAAAUAGAGUAAAUUCACCUAAGGCGCUCAUUUAAUGAAUUCAUUGUCAUGGUGACCCACUGAUCACUAAUCAAAAAUGUUAAAGGGAAUACAACUUACAACACUGAAAACGGGAACCACCCAGAAUAUCAUCCUGACAGUGAUCCUUCAGCAUAUAACCGAUUGUACGAAGGGAAUCCAGUUGACCUUUUCAUAUAGUUCUGCCAUAGCACUAACAGGCAAAAUGCAAGUGGUCUACUUGAAGAAGCAAAGACAAAGGGCAGUUUGGGGAAAGGCAGGGGUGCAAGGGAUAGCUCAAUUGGGCACCCAGGGUGGGAAAAGGAUUGUCACUGUACAUAAUAGCAGUUCUGGCUGUAAUUCCAAUUCACUCUAUGGGGAUCACUUUGAUGUCGAAUGUUCCCCCAAAGCAUUCUGAGAAGUCUGGUCCACUUGGCUCUUUACCCAGGGUAAUAACCCUAACUGACUUUGAAAAACUGGCAUAAAUGAGCUUAAGAAGUCCAUUGUAUACAGUCCUAGUGUUUGCCUUCUUGGUAAAAUCACAUUUAAGGAUGUCAUUUCAUAAGUCAAAUUGUAUCUGCUGACACUGAAGUGUAUUGAGAUGUUGUUCUUUAGUUUAAGUAUGUAACAAAGUAAUAUUCAAAGGGGAUGUGUGGGGGUGGGGCUGGGACCGGGUGGCUUUAUAUUGAUAAUGAAAUAUUCCAGAGCAAAACACAUUGUCCUAAUGAAGUUGUUGCAGCUCUCUUUGUUUUCUUGUGAGGCUGGAAUUGGCCUGUGGGUCACUUGUUGUGCAAAAGUGAAUUAAUUUCAAAUAGAACUCACAUUGCUUUUGUAAAACAGAAAAUCAACCACCUUGUCUGAAAUAUACAUUGUAAGGCGCUCUUGGUAAAGAACAACUCACAAAAACUUGAUCUUGAUCGGAAAGCACUGUAGGUCAUUAGGGAACACAGAUGAUGCUGAUUGUUGUUCCAGCUGUGUUGCCAAUUAAAGAUGACCUUGUUACUAACUGAAAGUUGCUGUCAACCUUAGCAAACAAACCAGCUGACACCAUUACAGCACUGGCUAAGUAGUUUUUACUGGCAUUAGCUGGCGUUCAACUGAGGAAAGCUAGGAUACAGACUUCAAUGACCAAGAGCCAGACUAGCUCAAGCUAGAAAUUCAGCAACAAAUACCUCCUUCUGCUAUUUGAAUGCUAAUAAGGUAUUGGUUGCAAAAGGCUUACGCCUUCGCUCCUCUAGUGAGGGGAAUGAGCCUGAUGACACUAUUACUGUUUACCUGUCAAACCAGGGUGGAAAUUUAGAGGGAUGCAAGUACAGUAUGUCUCAUUAAGCAGUCUCUGUUGCUGAUUAUAUGAAGAUGAAAUUGUAUAUGCUGAUCUGUAUGUUAUGUACAUUUUCACAGUGAUUGAAUCAUGUAAAAAGAAAAAAGACAAAAAAGAAUCACCACUAUUUUAUGAAGAUGAUAAAGCAGCUUUAUUAAAUUAUUACAGUUAUGUUUUAAAUGGUGUUAUCUGCCACAUUGUUUCCUUUUAUCUGGUGGUUCUCUGUUUCCCCCUUAAAUGUGUUUUCUCUGCUUCAAAAAUUUAAUGCAUUUUAGUAUUAAAGGCUAUUAUGGAAAAAU